AUGAAUCAGGGAAAUAAAACACAGACUUGGAUGAGUGACUUCAUUCUUCUGGGAUUGUCCAGUGUCUGGGGAACUCAGAUCUUCCUCUUUGUCCUGAUUUUGUCCAUGUACUUGGUGACUGUUGUAGGAAAUGUCCUCAUUAUCCUCCUAAUCAGACUAGACAGCAGACUUCAUACUCCCAUGUACUUUUUCCUCAGUGUCUUAUCCUUUGUAGACCUUUGCUACUCAACCAGUAUUGCUCCACAGAUGCUGGUCCAUCUGCUCUCCACCAGGAAGUCCAUCUCAUUCUACAGCUGUGUGUUCCAGCUCUACAUCUCGCUGGCAAUGGGUGGGUCUGAGUUCUUUCUGCUGGGAGCCAUGGCUUAUGACCGCUAUGUGGCUGUGUGUCACCCACUGCAUUACAUGGUCAUCAUGCACACAGGGCUGUGCCUAAGCUUGACAGCCUGCUGUUUGGUAACUGGCUUCACCAAUUCCCUGAUGGAAACAAUCAUCACUUUCAGACUUCCCCUGUGUCAUCAUGUGAUUAACCACUUUACCUGUGAGACCCUUGCCGUACUGAGGUUGGCCUGCGUGGACAUCUCUUUCAAUAAGGCCAUGGUGGCUUUCUCUGGGUUUGUAGUCAUCAUGCUUCCCUGCUCACUGGUUCUGUUCUCCUAUGGAAAGAUAGUUGUUGCCAUCCUCAGCAUUCGUUCUACUCAGGGCCGUAGCAAAGCCUUUGGAACCUGCGCCUCCCACCUCACUGUGGUUAGCAUGUGCUUUGGGGCUUCCAUCUUCACCUACCUGGGACCUAGGUCAGCAUCCUCAUCAGAACAGGAGAAAAUGGUUGCUUUGUUUUAUGCCCUGGUAGCACCCAUGCUGAACCCCUUGAUUUACAGCUUGAGGAAUAAGGAAGUUAUCGCUGCCCUCCAUAAAGUUUUAGAGAAAAUCAGAGAGAAAGGGUAA